CCGAUGAGGCCCCUCUUGUUCAAGAGGGUGGGGGCUAUGCGACGUUCAACGAACACGGCACACGUGCUUUUGUCGAGAGCCGCACGUGGGGGCGUGGUGUUGGCACUUCGCGCUACCACUAUUGCGGCCCCACGCACACUUGCCCCUAUUUUUAACAGUGGCAGACAACCACAUGCUGCACGGGCUACCAGUAUUGCGGCCCCGGCCACAACCGAUCGCGAUCCAUCGGACCACCCUUGGUUGCCGCCUCCACCGUCACGAGUGGCACAGGUUGUGGCCGCCGACCACAUUGCUACGACGGGCAGACGGGAGCCUUCGCGCGUGGCUGCAGAUGCUCGACAACCUGCUUCCCUAGUUGGGGAACAGGCAACGCCCGGGCUGGGUGCUUCUGAGGUCCCCAUUCCGGUGUCUGAUUCGUCACCAACCCCGCUUCCACCGACGACAGGUGCUGCUGCAGCUGCUCCACCUGUACUUACCGGUUCAUUGGAUCCUUUGUACCGCAUGCGCGACAUUGCAGUGGCCCAGAGCGCGGCACUUGAGAGUCCUGGUGGGUUGUUGGAUGUCGGGAUCCUUGGCGGGCGAGCCACGACGGGACGUGGUCGGGGCACCUUUCGCCAACAGGCCGUCACGUCGUAUUAUUCGGACCCUUUGGAGCACGCGUGGCAUUUCCAGAUCAUGCGCUUCAUCGUCGAGAGUGGGAUCGCGUUCAACUGCGUUAAGCUUGAAAGCUUCAAACGCGUGUUCGCGAUGAUCAUCCCGCCGGGGGUUCCAGGGGCGCCCACGCCCAAAGUACCCACGUACCACAUGGUGCGCACAUCCCUUUUGGAUGAGCUGGAUGCAGAGGUCCAAAAGUGUGUUUGGCCACUUCUAGACACGGCGAGAGAGUUUGGUUGCACAAUCAUGACCGACGGUUGGACCAACAUUAGGGGUCAGACAUUGUGCAACUACCUUGUCGGGACAAAUUUGGGGGCAACUUAUGUGGCCACCGACGUCAUGCACGGGAAGAAGGACGUCACUGCCCUUGCGACCGCGUGGCUGAAGAGAGUGAAAUCCAUGGAGAUGGACUUGAGCGACAUCACAGCGUUCGUGACGGACUCCGCCGGGGUGAACGUCGCAGCGAUGGAGGUUUCCCAGAAGGACGAGAGCGUCAAACACAUCUUCUGGAUUCCAUGCGUCGCUCAUGUGAUGGACCUCAUUCUCGAGGACAUCGGCGGGAUUGAUUGGCUUGUGGACCUGCGGGGAGAGCUCACGCAGCUUGUUGGCGACGACCGGUGGCGUGAGACUGUCUGGUCGACCAGCAAGAUCCGCAAGGACGCCGCAAAGGUCACUGCGUGUAUCGGGUCUCCUCCAUGGUGGGAGGAUUUGAGAGCUUUGUGCAAGAUGCUGGAGCCUGUCAUGGAUAUGUUGAGGCUAGUCGAUAGUGACACACGCCAGAUAAGCAAGAUUUUACGUCGUUACGAGAUUAUGAUCGCAUCUUGCUUGUCUGCGUGCCGCGACCUCGAUCGGGAGCAGCAGGACGCUAUUUUGGAGGUGUUCGACAGGCGGCGCACUAUGUUCCGAACACCCGCCCACACAGCAGCCAUGUUGUUGGAUCUCGAGUUCCGAGACCCGACGUUGAACGACGACCAGAAGGUGCAGCAGGGAUUGAUCGAAGCCCUGGUCCAACUCAGCUAUCCAGAGGGAUCGGCGCAACACGAGGAGGUCCUUAAGGCUGUGGAGGAGGAGGUGGUAGUGGACCAGCAGCUUGUCAGAGGUAGUGGUGCACUGGCGAGGGUGACCGAGGAGGAGUUGGCUCACGCCAGAGAGAGGAUGCUCAUCGUUUCCCGCAUGGUAGCCAUGCGUCUGGUGGCGGAGUCCGACAGGAGGCGACGCAGGGGCGAGGCAGGUGGACGUGGCGGGCGUGGGCGAGCAGGUGUUGGCGGGACGAGGCGUGGUAGCAGGACUGCUGCAUCUGGGACACGUCGACAGCGGGCGAACGGUUUCAUCCGCAAGGCCCGCCAGCAUUGGGACGAGGGAGACUUCUUGUUCGACAGCUCAUCUAGCGACGACGAGGAUUUAUUUGCAUUGGGCACGUCCACGCCUACGGACGAUGAGAGAGGCGACGGCGACGACAGAGGUGAUGGCGGAGGUGGUGGCGGAGGAGGUCGCGGAGGAGGUGGCGGAGGAGGUGGCGGAGGAGGUGGUGGCGGCGGAGGAGGUGGCAGAGGAGGUGGCGGAGGCGAUGACAGAGGUGGCGGAGGCGACGACAGAGGUGCUGGAGGAGGUGGCGGAGGAGGUGGCGGAGGAGGUGGCGGAGGCGAUGACAGAGGUGGCGGAGGCGACGACAGAGGUGCCAGAGGAGGUGGCGGAGGAGGUGGCGGAGGAGGUGGCGGAGGAGGUGGCGGCGGAAGUGGCGGAGGAGGUGGCGGAGGCGACGACGGAGGUGUCGGAGGAGGUACCGGAGGAGAUGGCGGCGAUGAGGGAGGUGACGACAGAGGUCACAGAGGAGGUGGCGACGACGCGGGAGGUGACGACAGAGUUGAGGGGUGUGAGGGUGACUUUCCUGUGCGUGGUCAUGGGUUUUUCUUGAAGCGGUUGAGACACGGUCCCAGGCAGGAUAACAGCAUCGGCUCUAGUGUGCGCAGGUGGCGUCUUAAGACUCUUCACGAUGCGACCGCCACGGACGCACGUGUUGCGCAGCACGAGCAGGUUCUCGUGUCUGAGAAGUCUGGGGACUCCCUGGGCGACACAUCGGACAAGGACUUCAUUCCUCAGACUUCCGACAAGUCCCUUCGCCAUCUGACACAACCCACGGUCGCGGUUCACGCGGAAGCUCGAGGAGGGGCAGCCAGUGAUGGGCAGACAAUUCCCGACGGUGCAGGGAAUGUGCCACCUCCUUCCACCGUCGUCUGCGCGGGCGCUGACGGGGCACCCAGCGUUGUGGUCCCCUCCAUAGGUGAGGUAGCACAUCCUCCCACGACUGACGUUGGAUUGGAGGACAGAGAGGUAGCACAUCCUCCCACGGUUGACACUGGUUUGGAGGACGGAGAGGUUGCACGUACUCCCAGUUGUGCCCAUGAGGGAGAGGUUGCACAUCCUGCCACGGUCAACCACGUUGGCCUCGCCUGCCCCGCUGACAGUCUUCCGCCCACUGCGGAGUUGCCCGCCAUGGACUCGGCGUUGUUUGAUCUUCCUGAUGUAUCGACUUUGAUUUCUCCCACUUUGGCAUUUGUGGCACCACCAGCGACUGGUCGAGCGGAUGACGCGGAUGGAGUGCAUAGAGGAUUCGACGAGUUCGCUGGCGACACGAUAUUGCAUCCCACAGUCUCCGCCACUCCGGCCGUUUUUCAUGUUGGGGCACCGCACGCGGUGGACCAGGGUUUGGCGCAACAGGUGGCACGGAACCGCCGUGGCGGUCCUCGCGUCGCGGCGCAACGCAGUUUGGGAGAUUCAUUUGAGAGAUUGGAUGCAGAGUAUGCGGCGCAGGAGGGUCAUUGUGCACAGGAUUCCGCACGCGAUGGGUCAUCAUUCCCGGCAGUCUCUCAGGAAGACCCACACCCAGACCCGCCACGUUCGAUGCAGGAGACGGCUCCCGACGUUGUUGCCGCCGACGUGGACGAGGAAAUGCGCAGGGAUGGUACCGUGCGCGUCGCAGCGCAACGCAGUCUGGCACGGACAUUGACCACAGAUGGUAGCGUGCCUGCUCGCAGUACAGGGUCGCACUAUGAGCAUAGAGGGUCAUCGGCCGCACAGCCUGUCGCUGAGGGGGCCAUCGCACGUAGUGUCGAAGGUGAGCAUAGGGGUCACGCGCCUCCGCACCCCCAUGGCACAGACCCUGUCGUCCACGGUGUGGCGGCGAGCACCGCAUUCCCGACGGUGUCGUUCUACGACGGCGUGACCAGGGACCGGAGGGCAGGCGAUGAGGGACAUGCAUCAGCAUGCGGACUGACAGAUGUUGGUCAAAACAUCAUCAAUAUUUGGGAGUUUCUCUUCGAAACAAAGCCGCAACAUAGAGGGGAACGUACUUAUGUGCUCAGAAGAAGAAAAGUGGAGACGCUUUUGAGGGGUUAUCAUAAAGCACCAUCGGAGAGGGAAGUUGCAUUUCUCGACCGCUUGGAGACAAUGUACUUCGACCAACAAAUCGGGGCGUUUACAAUCGCAGGUUAUGCGGCUUGUUUUGUGGAUUGUGAGGACUUUGAUGCCGACGACUCUGAAGAAGAGAGUGUUGAUGACACUUUACAAGCGGCUUUGGCAGAUGAGAGGCAAAGAGCUUGUAGCCCGGCUUCGCAGAGAAUGGGUGUUCCAGGCACAUCGUCCGGUUCUGGAGGAGCUUUGAGCAUGGCGGUUUCGACGGAUCAGUUAAUGACUCGGCCGCUGACUUCUUCUAUUGCUACACCGACUCAGAUGGCGGGCAAUACGAUGACGGUGCCAUCCGGAAGCAGUCUGGAUCCGAAGCUUCAAGCAAUGCUUUUCCYAGAGUUGUUGGCAACUCUGUUACCAUUUGCACACAGCCCAAGUACUGUUAUGGAAUUGCUAUGCUCUCGAACUCCACAACAACCUCCAUCUGAUGAGCCUUUGGAGUACGAGAUUGGAGACAUAAUCCCUGCGGACAUUGGACUGCUUUCGGGGCCUAUAAUUGCCAAGCGACUCAUGCGACUUAAUCCGGAGGUUUCUCAAUCAAGACUAGAUGUAAGAAGCGAAGAAAUUUUCCAAGAGUUCAAAACAUCGCAGUGGCUUGAGUAUCUGGAAGAGUUCUAUGAUAGACAAACCAGCCCGGCUUAUGGAUAUAAUUKGCAUGUCGGAGAAGAUCUUGARCACAAAGAAGGGGAGAGGAAAAAAACAAGYGGCGGUGGUGCGCAUGGCAAGGGAUCUGGAUCGAGCGGAGGUGCGCAUGGCAAAGGAUUCGGAUCGGGGAGCGGUGCAAGUGACAAGGCUCCGAGACCAAGYGACGGUGCAAGCRACAAGGACGCAAGUCGUGAGGAACUGCAAAAAAAUGAAAGGUCUCAAGGGCGUCAAGCAACAGAAGGCAAGGGAUCAGGAUUAAGCGGCAGUGGGCAUGGAAAGGGAUCGGGAUUGAGCACCGGUGCAAGUGCCGAGGGUCCRGCAACAACCGUCGGUGCAAUCGGCAAGGGCAUAAGUCCUCGUGAACUGCGAAAACCCGAAAUGUCUCAGGGGCCUCAAGAAACAGAGCGCAAGGGAUCAGGAUCGAGCGGCGGUGCGCAUGGCAAGGCUACAGGACCAAGCGGUGGUGGUUCAACUGUCGCGGUGCUUCACCUAUCAAAGAGUCACAUGGUCGUGUCGAACACGACACUCGUCCUGUAUUCGAGCGCUCGCGGCUUGACCAAGCAAAGAAACUCACGACCGAGUCGAACACGACAGGGGUCCACUAUUGGAGCGCUCCUAGCUUGACCGAGCGGAGAAAAUCGUGGUUGAGUCCAACCCGACAUAGCAAUGGGGAUCG